CAUAAUUAUCAUUGUUUUCAUCAAAUUUGAAUGAAUAUCGACUGAAUACUUUUCUUAUUUGGCCCUCCUUGUUGGCCCUCCUUGUUGGCCCUCCUUGUUGGCCCUCCUUGCCUCUUGCAGCAAUGGCGUGUUGAUCUGGUCAGACAGGAGAAAUCCAGACAAUCGUCUGACAUGGAAAACCCCUCGCCUCCAAGAGUCGAAAAAAAGAUGACGGCCUGCCUGCCUUGUCUGGUUGCUGACUUACCUUAUUGCAACGCUACAAUGCAGGCUGAGACCAUUCAGCCUCUCAUUAGCUCGCACAUCUGUACGAUGGGCUGCAUGUCAGAAGUGGUCAUGGGUAGUGAGCCACCCCAUCGAUCUCAGCAGCCCCUCCCGCCAGCUCUGGUGGUGACGGCAACGGGGAUAAGAUCAAAUGGGAUGAACAGGUGGUGGAUUGGACCCCAAAAUAGGUCUUAUACUCACUCCAGUGCGCCAGCGCUUAUCAGCAACCAACAAUGUUGUAUCGCAUCGCGCUUGAGCAAAUGGGAAGACCCAUGGCACAUUUGUCGUUGUACUGUUAUUGCUCCUUUGAGUGCUUGUGCUGCGACGUGGGAUCAACUGGUGUGUCUUGUUGCCUCCUCGUUCCUUCCUUCCCUUCAGCUCAUUGUUACCGCUUUGAAAUUCACUACAUAAAAUUCAUCCUUCUUGCAAUGUAAUGUGCGCCCGACCCAUCCCGGCCGCCCUCCAUCGUGACCCGGUGCAGCAUUCUUUAGGUCAUUUUGGGGGGCAUAGGUGGUAUUGAAGCUGCUGAAUAUAGCCAUCCCUCGUCUCCCAUUUUACGCAUGGCAUGAGGCGAUCACCGCAUGGCCAAAUUUACAAGAAUGAGACAAUAUACUUGAUACACAUUCGAAUGACAAGGUGUUGCCAGUAACUCGUGCAUUUGGGG